AUGACUGACCCUAAGAUGGCAGCAAUGUGGUCGGAGGCUUUUACAAAUUUUACAAUUUUGAUGAACCCCUAUUUGGCGAUGAAAUAGGCGAUGAAAUACUUCUGGUAAAAUAGGAGAUGAAGUAAUCAAUGAAUGAUGGUAUGAAAUUGGCAAUCAAUUUGGAGAUGAAAUAUGUUA